AACAUGGCAACCCUGGAAGAAAGCUUCCCCCGAGGGGGUACAAAAAAGGCCCACAAAUCAGAGAAAACCUUCCAGCAGUCAGUUGAACAAGACAACUUAUUUGAUAUGAAUACUGAAGAAGAGUCCACCAAAAGGAAAAAGAGCCAAAAAGGACCCAUAAAAACGAAAAAGCUGAAAAUCGAGAAGAAAGAAAGCAUCAAACCUGUAAAAGAGAAGUUUGAAAUCCUUCGAGUUGAGGCUCUAUGUGAGGGGAUGCGGAUUCUGGGUUGUGUGAAAGAGGUUCAUGACCUGGAACUGGUGAUUAGUCUCCCUAACGGCCUUCAGGGGUUCGUGCAAGUGACUGAAAUCUGUGAUGCCUACACUAAGAAGCUGAAUGAGCAGGUGGCACAAGAAGAACCCCUGACGGACCUGGUCCACUUGCCAGAGCUUUUCUCGCCUGGGAUGCUGGUGAGGUGUGUAGUGAGCUGUGUGGGCAUCACAAAGAAGGGCAAAAAGAGUGUCAAGCUGUCUCUCAACCCUCGGAAUGUCAACGGAGUGCUGAGUGCUGAGGCCCUGAAGCCUGGCAUGCUACUCACAGGCACGGUGUCCAGUCAGGAAGACCACGGCUACCUAGUGGACAUCGGUAUUAGUGGGAGCAGAGCUUUUCUGCCCCUGCAGAAAGCCCAUGAAGACACUCGACAGAAGAGCAAAGGUGCUAAACUGAAGGUGGGUCAGUACCUGAACUGUGUCAUUGAAGAUGUAAAAAGCAACGGAGGAGUUGUUCGUCUGUCUAUUUGUCAUUCAGAGGUUUCUGCCGCCAUUGCUACUGAGGAGCAAAAUUGGACCCUUCAUAACUUAUUACCAGGGCUGGUGGUUAAAGCCCAAGUGCAGAAGGUGACUCCAUUUGGCCUUACAGUAAACUUCCUCUCAUUCUUCUCGGGUCUAGUUGACUUUAUGCACCUGGAACCCAAGAAAACUGGAUCGUAUUUCUCAAACCAAGCAGUAAAGGCCUGCAUCCUCUUCGUCCAUCCUCAGAGCAGAGUUGUACGACUGAGCCUGCACCCUGUCUUCCUGCAACCUGGGCGCCCACUCACCCGGCUCUCCUGUCAGCAUCAUGGAGCUGUGCUGGAUGAUGUUCCUGUCCAUGGCUUUUUCAGCAAGUCUGGGGCCACGUUCAAGCUGAAGGAUGGGGCGCUGGCCUAUGCCCGGUUCAGCCAUCUCUCUGAUUCUAAAAACGUCCUCAAGCCUGAAAUCUUUAAGCCUGGGAGCACUCACAAGUGUCGAGUUAUCGAUUACAGCCCAAUGGAUGAACUCACAUUUCUCUCUUUGCGAACAUCCAUCAUUCAAGCUCCGUACCUUAGCUAUUAUGACAUCAAACCAGGGUCAGUGAUAAAGGGCAAAGUGCUGACCUUAAAGCCAUAUGGAAUGCUGGUGAAGGUGGGCGAGCAAAUCAGGGGCCUGGUACCUUCCAUGCAUCUGGCUGACGUCCUGAUUAAAAAUCCAGAGAAGAAGUACCACAUUGGGGAUGAAGUCAAGUGCCGGGUUUUGGUUUGCGACCCUCAAGCCAAGAAAUUGAUGAUGACCCUGAAGAAAACCCUGGUGGAGUCCAGACAGCCUGCCAUUACCAGCUAUACUGAUGCCAAGCCCGGUCUGCAGACACAUGGCUUCAUCCUCAGAGUCAAGGACUGUGGCUGUAUUGUCAAGUUCUAUAAUGAUGUGCAGGGACUGGUACCCAAGCAUGAGCUGAGUGCCGAGUAUAUCUCUGCCCCAGAGACAGUCUUUUACCCUGGCCAGGUGGUGAAGGUCACUGUGCUGAACUGUGAGCCAGUCAACGAGAGGAUGCUCUUAUCCUUCAAGUUGGUGAGUGAUCCAGAAGCAAAGAAAGAACAUGAGGAAGGGAGUCAGAAGAAAAGAAGAGCCGUGCAUGUUGGGCAGUUGGUGGAUGUGAAGGUUGUAGAGAAGACCAAAGAUGGGCUGGAGGUGACUGUGCUACCCCACAACAUCCCUGCUCUCCUCCCCACACCUCACCUGUCAGACCAUGUUGCCAAUGGCCCAUUGCUGUAUCAUUGGCUCCAGACCGGUGACACCCUCCACAGGGUCCUAUGUCUGCGGAGUGAGGGCCGUGUUCUCCUUUGCAGGAAGCCAGCCUUGGUUUCGACAGUAGAAGGUGGCCAGGAUCCCAAGACCUUCUCAGAAAUCCAUCCUGGCAUGCUGCUUAUGGGGUUUGUGAAGAGCAUCAAGGACUAUGGUGUGUUUGUCCAGUUCCCCUCAGGUCUCAGUGGACUGGCCCCGAAAGCUGUCAUGAGUGACAAAUUUGUGACCUCCACGAGUGACCACUUUGUUGAGGGGCAGACAGUAGUUGCCAAGGUGACGAACGUGGAUGAGGAGAAGCAGCGAAUGCUGCUGUCAUUGCGGCUGUCGGACUGCAGUCUGGGGGACGUGACUACUACCAGCCUCGUCCUCCUGAGCCAGUGUCUGGAGGAGCUGCAGGGUGUGCGCAGCCUCAUGAGCAGCCGAGACUCUGUGUUGAUCCAGACACUGGCUGAAAUGACCCCAGGAAUGGUCCUUGACCUUGAGGUGCAGGAGGUGUUGGGAGAUGGCUCUGUGGUGUUUAUUGGUGGCCCAGUGCCAGACCUGGUCCUGAGAGCUAGCAAAUAUCAUCGUGCAGGCCAAGAGGUGGAAUCUGGACAGAAAAAGAAGGCUGUAGUCUUACAUGUUGAUAUGUUAAAGUUGGAAGUACAUGUUUCUCUGUGCCAGGAUUUGGUGAACAGAAAACUUACCAAGUUGAAGAAAGGCAGCGAGCACCUGGCGACUGUGCAGCACUUGGAGGAGUCCUUUGCCAUUGCCUCCUUGGUAGAGACUGGGCACCUGGCAGUUUUCUCUCUGACCUCUCACCUCAAUGACACAUUCCACUUUGAUUCAGAGAAGUUACAGGUGGGACAGGGUGUCUCCCUAACCCUCAAGACGACACAACCCGGAGUGACUGGUCUGCUUCUGGCUGUCGAGGGGCCAGCUGCUAAGAGGACCAUGAGACAGACCCGGAAGGAAUCUGAGACAGUGGAUGAAGAUGAGGAAACGGAUCCAGCCCUGGUCGUUGGGGCUAUAAAGAAGCACACCCUAUCCAUUGGGGACCUGGUCACAGGAACGAUCAAAUCCAUUAAGGCCACUCAUGUGGUUGUGACCCUGGAAGAUGGUGUCAUUGGCUGUAUCCAUGCCUCCCACAUUCUGGAUGAUGUUCCAGAGGGCAUAUCUCCUACUAGCAAGCUGAAAGUUGGGAAGACCAUCACUGCCCGGGUGAUUGGCGGGCGAGAUGUGAAGACAUUCAAGUUUCUUCCAAUAAGUCACCCCAGAUUUAUCCGAACCAUCCCAGAGCUGAGUGUUCGACCAAGUGAGCUGGAGAAGGCUGCUCACACGGCUCUCAACGCACAUUCUGUUAGCCCCUCGGAGAAGGUUAGGCAGUUCAAAGCUGGCCAGACCGUGACUUGCUACUUGAAGAGGUACAACAUAAUUAAGAAGUGGCUUGAAGUGGAGAUUACUCCGGAUGUCCGAGGGAGAAUUCCCUUGCUGCUCACCUCUCUUAGCUUCAAGGUUCUGAAACACCCAGAUAAGAAGUUUCAGAUUGGCCAGGCCCUGAAGGCCACCGUGGUCGGACAGGAUUCCUCCAAAUCUUUCUUGUGUCUGUCACUCAUAGGUCCUCAUAAGCUUGAGAAAGGGGAUGUGGCCAUGGGCCGAGUAGCGAAGGUGACUCCCAACGAAGGGCUGACUGUCUCCUUCCCCUUCGGGAAGUUAGGAAGAGCCAGUGUGUUUCAUGUGAGCGACACUUACUCUGAGACGCCCCUGGAAGACUUUGCCCCCCAAAAGAUUGUCAGGUGUUGUGUCCUAUCCACUGCAGACCCUGUGUUGACUUUGUCCCUGAGAUUGUCCAGAACAAACCCAGAGACAAAAAGCAAAAUAGAAGAUCCUGAGAUUAACUCCAUUGAAGACAUUAAGGAGGGUCAGCUCCUGCGGGGCUACGUAAAGGCCUUAGAGCCACGUGGUGUGCUCAUCAGUCUUGGUCCCUCAGUGGUGGGUUUGGCCCGGUACUCGCGUGUCUCCCAGUACAGCCCGUCGGCGAAAGUCCUUUACAGCAGACACUUCCCUGAAGGGAGGCUACUCACAGCCAGGAUCCUAAGCCUGAACCGUAAGAAGAACCUGGUGGCACUGUCGUUGCUCCCCAGAGACACUGGGAAGCCAGACGUGCUUCCUGCCUCCAUAGAACUGCCACUUCUAGAGCAGGAGGAGAGGAAAACAGAGGCAGCGAAGGGAGGCCAAAAAGAGAAGGAGGAGAAGGUGAAGUGGGCCAGCAAGCAGAAGCGUGAGGCCCGGCAGCCACAAGUGAAGAAGCAGGGCAAGCGGGGGCGCCAGGAGUGCGGGAGCAAGCAGGAAAGCGUGAACAAGAAGCAAAAGAAAGCUGGUCCGUCAGAGGAGGACGACAGUGGUGUGGAAGUGUAUUACCGGGAAGGAGAAGAGGAGAUCGAAGAGAAGACCUUGCUGCCCCAGGAAAAGCCACCCAAGCCAGCAGAAGCGCCCCGACUGCAGCUGUCUUCAGGCUUCAUGUGGGAUGUGGGGUUAGACUCACUCACGCCGGCCCUGCCACCUCGAGAAGGGAGCUCAGACAGCGAGGAGGACCAGAAGCCACAUGAAGCCAUGAAGAAAAGUAAGAAGGAAAAGGUGCUGGAGAAGCGGAAGGCGGAGAAAGAGCUGUCCCGCAUUGAGGAGGCCCUGAUGGACCCUGGGCGGCAGCCGGAGUCAGCAGAUGACUUUGACCGGCUUGUGCUCAGCUCCCCCAACAGCUCCAUCCUGUGGCUGCAGUACAUGGCCUUCCACUUGCAGGCCACGGAGAUAGAGAAGGCUCGUGCUGUGGCCGAACGCGCUCUCAAGACAAUCUCCUUCAGAGAGGAGCAGGAGAAGCUGAACGUGUGGGUGGCACUGCUGAACCUAGAGAACAUGUUUGGCUCGCAGGAAUCACUGACCAAGGUCUUCGAGCGGGCGGUGCAGUACAACGAGCCUCUCAAGGUCUUUCUGCACCUGGCUGACAUCUACACCAAGUCCGAGAAGUUCCAGGAAGCUGGUGAACUUUACAACCAGAUGCUGAAGCGUUUCCGCCUGGAGAAAGCCGUCUGGAUUAAGUAUGGUUCCUUUCUUCUGCGGAGAGGCCAGGCCGGCACCAGUCACCGCGUGCUACAGCGAGCCCUCGAGUGCUUGCCUAAGAAGGAGCACAUGGAUGUGAUCACCAAGUUUGCCCAGCUUGAAUUCCAGCUGGGGGAUGCAGAGCGGGCCAAAGCCAUUUUCGAGAACACACUGAGCACCUAUCCAAAACGCACAGAUGUGUGGUCAGUGUACAUCGACAUGACCAUCAAAUACGGCAACCAGAAGGAAGUCCGGGACAUUUUUGAGCGGGUCAUUCACCUGAGCCUGGCCCCCAAGAGAAUGAAAUUCUUCUUCAAGCGCUACCUGGACUAUGAGAAACAGCACGGCACAGAGAGGGAUGUACAGGCAGUGAAGGCGAAGGCCCUGGAGUACGUGGAGGCCAAGAGCUCAGUGCUGGAGGACUAG